AUGUCUUCAUACUCUUCCAGUCUAUCAAGCUCCUACUCAGGAUCACCAACUUCAAGCUUCGCUUCUCUAUCAUUCAACAACCAUUCUUCUGGCUUCGAUGAAAGCGUAAACAGUGAAGUCGGAAUGAUCAAGACAUGGUUCUCGGUAUUAAACGACACCGAAAGAGAAUCUGCCCUCACCUCCAUCGCUGAACUACCAAGCCUUCGAGAAAUCGAGCCCUUGAUCCAAGCACUCAAGGAGCGCAAGCAGGAACUCUGGAGACAACAGCAAGCUCUCAUCAUUCAACCACCAGUCAAGCCCAAAUGGGUUAUGCCUGCGUUUCCUCACAACUCUCAGGAUCCUCGAUGGGCUGCCAAAUGGCUUCGAGCUUUGAGGCUUCACAAGUAUGAGCAGUGCCUGGUUGGAUUGUCUCCAGCUCAGGUAUCGCGCAUGGAAGAUGGGGAUUUGCAACAACUUGGUGUUGAUACUGUUGGUGCAAGAGCCAAGAUGCUUCGAGCAAUCCACAACAGAUAA